CGGCAGUGAGCUCAGACUCCGUGGCGGGGCGGGACUUCCGGUCCGAGGCGGAAGCUGCCCCCGCGGUGGCGGCCUUAGGUGACCCCGGGACGGCGAGUGGAUGCAGGCGGCGCGGCACGUCGUGUGCGCCCUGUCGGGCGGCGUGGAUAGCGCCGUGGCCGCACUGCUGCUGAGGCGGAGAGGUUACCAGGUGACAGGGGUGUUCAUGAAGAACUGGGACUCACUGGAUGAGCACGGCAUGUGCACCGCCGACAGAGACUGCGAGGAUGCUUACAAAGUCUGCCGAGUCUUAGACAUCCCUUUCCAUCAGGUAUCCUACAUCAAGGAGUACUGGAACGAAGUGUUCAGCGAUUUUUUGAACGAGUAUGAGAAGGGCAGGACUCCCAACCCUGACAUAGUCUGCAAUAAGCACAUCAAGUUCAGCUGCUUCCUUCAUUACGCUGUGGACAACCUUGGAGCAGAUGCUGUUGCCACAGGCCACUACGCAAGAACCUCACUGGAAGAUGAAGAAGUGUUUCAGCAGAAGCAUAUAAAGAGGCCAGAAGGGCUUUUCAGAAAUCGAUUCGAAGUUAGAAAUCCGGUAAAACUUCUCCAAGCAGCUGACAGCUUUAAAGACCAGACCUUCUUUCUCAGCCAGGUUUCCCAGGAGGCCCUGAGAAGAACCAUCUUCCCUCUGGGUGGAUUAACGAAAGAUUUUGUAAAGAAAAUAGCUGCUGAGAAUGGACUCCAGCAUGUGCUUCAGAAGAAAGAGAGCAUGGGCAUCUGUUUCAUUGGUAAAAGGAAUUUUGAGCAUUUUAUCCUUCAGUAUUUGGAGCCUCGGCCUGGGAAGUUUAUUUCCAUCGAAGACAAUACACUUCUGGGAACACACAAGGGUUGGUUCCUGUACACCCUGGGCCAGAGGGCGAAGAUAAGCGGCCUGAGCAAACCCUGGUACGUGGUGGACAAGGAUGGCACCAAAGGCGACGUGCUCCUGGCCCCGGGGCCAGACCACCCUGCCCUGUAUAGGGACCUGCUUCGGACCAACCGCGUGCACUGGAUCACAGAGGAGCCACCAGCCACCCUGGUCCGGGAGAAGAUGAUGGAGUGCCACUUCCGCUUCUGCCACCAGAUGGCGCAAGUGCCCUGUGUCCUGACCCUCAAUCAAGAUGGCACUGUGUGGGUGACAGCUGUGAAGGCCGUGCGGGGCCUUGCCCCAGGACAGUUUGCUGUGUUCUACAAAGGGGACGAGUGCCUGGGCAGCGGGAAAAUCCUGCGUUUGGGGCCAUCGGCCUACACACUGCAGAAGGGCGGGAGCAGAGCCACAGCAGUCCCCAGGGGCUCUGGGGAUAGCCCAGGUGACAGCCCAGCCCUGUGUCCCACACCCUGAUGGGACAGGCUGCCAGGAGAGGCCUGGAGAGCAAGCUCAGGACUGGGCAGCCCAGGCUUGGUGCUACCUAAACCAGGGGAGCCUGUAGCCCUGGUGUCACCCCUUGAGGAGCCCUGCCUUCUCCAUGUUGGGUGGCUCUGUGCCCCGGGCCUGUUCUGGAGUCCUCUCACACCCACUCCAGGGAAGAUCCCCUGUCCAAGCAUGCUGCAGGUCACGGGGCUGUGUGGGCCAUGGGACAGCAUUGAAUAAAAAUUCAUUCUGUCUGGGA